CUCUCAGGAAGAGCUAAAAGCUGCCUACCGCCGACUGUGUAUGCUGUACCAUCCAGACAAGCACAGAGACCCAGAGCUCAAAACGCAAGCUGAGCGGCUGUUUAACCUUGUUCACCAAGCUUAUGAAGUGCUUAGUGAUCCACAGACCAGAGCCAUCUAUGACAUAUAUGGGAGGAGAGGACUGGAAAUGGAAGGAUGGGAGGUUGUGGAAAGGAAGAGAACUCCAGCUGAAAUCAGGGAAGAAUUUGAGCGUUUGCAGAGAGAGAGGGAGGAGAGAAGACUGCAGCAGCGAACUAAUCCAAAGGGAACUAUUAGUGUUGGAAUAGAUGCCACUGACCUCUUUGAUCGUUACGACGAAGAAUACGAAGAUGUGCCUGGGAGCAGCUUUCCCCAGAUUGAGAUAAACAAAAUGCACAUAUCCCAGUCCAUUGAGGCACCACUGACUGCCACGGACACAGCAAUACUGUCUGGUAACCUUUCCACCCAGAAUGGGAAUGGAGGUGGAUCGAUUAAUCUUGCUCUGAGACGAGUGACUUCUGCCAAGGGAUGGGGAGAGUUGGAGUUUGGAGCAGGAGACCUUCAGGGACCUCUCUUCGGUCUGAAGAUAUUCCGUAAUCUUACACCAAGAUGUUUCAUCACUACAAACUGUGCCCUGCAGUUUUCGUCCCGUGGGAUCCGCCCAGGCCUCACCACGGUCCUAGCCCGCAACCUCGACAAGAACACGAUGGGGUACUUACAGUGGCGGUGGGGCAUCCAGUCAGCCAUGAACACUAGUAUUGUCCGGGAUACAAAAACCAGCCAUUUCACUGUGGCAUUACAGCUGGGAAUCCCCCAUUCUUUCAUGAUGGUCAGUUAUCAGCAUAAGUUUCAGGAUGAGGAUCAAACACGAGUGAAAGGUUCUCUCAAGGCGGGUUUCUUUGGGACCAUAGUGGAGUAUGGAGCAGAGAGGAAGAUUUCCAGGCACAGCAUUUUAGGAGCCACCGUCAGUGUUGGUGUUCCCCAAGGAGUGUCUCUGAAAAUCAAGUUGAAUAGGGCUAGCCAGACCUACUUCUUCCCUGUCCACCUAACAGAUCAGCUGCUUCCCAGUGCUGUAUUCUAUGCCACUGUGGGACCUCUAGUUAUCUACUUCGCCAUGCAUAGGCUUAUCAUCAAACCCUACCUCAGGGCACAAAAGGAGAGAGAGCUGGAGAAGCAAAGGGAGAGUACAGCCAGCGACAUCCUUCGGAAGAAGCAGGAGGCUGAAGCUGCGGUCCGGUUAAUGCAAGAGUCUGUCCAGAGGAUAAUUGAAGCAGAGGAAGCCAGAAUGGGUUUGAUUGUAGUGAACGCCUGGUAUGGGAAGUUUGUUAAUGACAACAGCAGGAAGAAUGAGAAGGUGAAAGUAAUAGAUGUGACUGUGCCCCUGCAGUGCUUGGUGAAAGACUCUAAACUCAUCCUUACAGAGGCAUCCAAGGCUGGCCUGCCGGGUUUCUACGACCCCUGCGUGGGUGAGGAGAAGAGUUUGAAAGUGCUUUAUCAGUUCCGAGGAGUUCUGCACCAAGUGAUGUCAGCUGACAAUGAGGCCCUUAGGAUACCAAAGCAAUCUCACAGAAUCGAUGCAGAUGGCUAACCUGGUGAGAGUGUGCGCGUCUGUUACGGUACCUGGGUCAACAGAAACUGCAAAACCUUCCCCUGGACGCUGCAAGUUUGAACAGAGACAUUUUUAUUUUUACUAUCCAUAUAGCAGGUGGUGUCCUACCAGUUAUCUUAGGAGACAAAAUGAGAGAACCUGCUUCUACAGGUGGCUCCAAGGCAAUACUUCUCUGAAUUGUGGCUCAGUAACCAAUAAAGCAACGUGACUCUGAACGCGCAGUGCUUUCUGCUGAGGUUGUGUGAGCGGGCACUGAGCACCACCCGUCAUGCAGCCGUGUCUUUCCUGCUGCGAUUUGGCCACAGUCCGUUUGUGCGGUCUCACAUAUAUCUUCUUGCACUGAGCAGGGAAGAAGACCUGUUGCUCUCACUUCUCCACAUACUUCCAGGGGUAGGUAACAUACCUUCUUCUGCUCCUGAGGGGAAGUUAAGUUCUUUGGCCACUUCCUGUAAGGCCUCUGUGUAAAUCCUUUUGUUGGAAAGAGGACAGAGAUUGUUUUCCGUCUCAAAUCUGUAUUUGAAACGUACUUGUUAAGAACAAGUAUGUUUGAAAUGAAGUUCUUUGCCUUUUGUAGUAACAUGGACCUCUUCAGCAUGAAUCCAUCCAGCUGUUCAUUUCAAACACUGCUAUUCCAGACAAGGACAUGGGGUAUAAUAGUCUUAUUAAUUCUUCUGCCACCUAGAACCAUGUACUAUCAAGGUUUUCAAGAAAAGAGGAAAGCAAGUGGGGGAGAAGGACAGCAAUUAAUUGCAUUUGAUUCUGAUGCUGCAACUAUCUCUUCCCAUCUAAUUUAUUUCUAGGAAAAAGAGGAACGUAGUUUAUACAAGUAAACCAGACCAAAGUGAGGAGAGAUGCCAAACGGGUGAAGAGCUGAAAAUGUGAAAUUCAGCUGCCCUUUCUAAAAAGCAUCAGUUAUGACAUAAAUCCAUUGGAUUAAUCUUGCAUAGAAGCCAUGCCAGUGAUUUACCAGCAGAAAGGGCAGUUCUAGUGACACAGCAGAUGGAAACGGCAGCCUUACAGUAUCUACUAUGCACUGCAUACGUCAACACUACCCAGGCUUUUUCUUAGAGAAAAGGAAUAAUCAUGGCUGUUUCUCAGUCACAGUUCUGCUCUUGGUGAGUCCUAGAACAGCCUUCGUUGCUUACAUGUGAGAGACAGAGGGGGGGAAAAAAGAACCUAUCUUGGCAGUGCAUUGUUGCUUGACAACAAGUACCGUAAAUCAUUUCCUGACACGUACCUGGCCCCUUUUUCUGUGCAACUGUGGUUCUCUUUGCUCAAGUCAUUGUAACAGGAGAAUUAGAUUUCCAAAAGCAGACUUAUUUGAGCCAGUCUGAAAGAGAUGCUCCAUCCCCUCUAAAAAACCAAGUUCAUACAAUUAAGGGGUGUUUGCUUAUUUUUAUUAAAAACAAAACUCUUCAGUUGUGACCAGCUCCUGGUGCAGGAUUUUACUUCACUUACAACCAGUGUUCUGUUGAUCUGAAAUUAAAUGUAAAAUGUGCAAUAAAUUAUAUUCAGCUGAAAAGCAGCCCAUGUUCCCUUUGCAUCUGUAGGACACUCUUGCAAAUAAACUCCUGAAUAGCA